AUGUCCGAUGGUGCAUCUGAAAGCUUGUCAGUACCUCUCGAGAUGUUGCGUCGAACACUUCUCUAUGCCUGCCUUGCAACGCAGCUGCUGGGCUGCACUCUUGGCGCCAAUAUAUUGGCUCUCAUGGGCAUGACGUCACCCAGCAAUCACAUUUGGAAUAGUGUGCUGCUGCACGAAUUGGCGACGCGGGGUCACAAUCUGACUAUUCUCUCGGUGGAUGUGCCACGCCCUAACGAGCAAGUGCCCGAUAAUGUGACUUACAUACAUCUUGAGCGCGCCUACGAUAUGUACAAGCAGAGGGGGGAGGGCGGGAGCAACGAGUCAAUUACGUCGUUUAUUGGUCUAGGUGGCUUCGAAAGCAUCAGGCCCUUCUAUAAGUUUGGAUUGGAGACGGCUCGCCAUAUAGCGAAAUCAAACGGCAUGCAGCAGCUCCUCAACUAUCCCGACGACUUCCACUUCGAUUUGAUCGUCAACGACUAUACGAUGGGACCAUAUCUACUGGGCUUUGUGCACAAGUUUCGUUAUCCGCCCAUACUGGGCAUGAGCGCGUUCCACAAUCCGCCGAUCACAAUGGACUUUAUGUCCAACACCUACUUGCCCGCCCUAACGCCUUUUCACUCCACAUCCUAUAGCCCCCAAAUGAACUUUUUCCAGCGAUUGCACAACACGCUAAUAUUUGCCGCUGAUACCAUUUAUCGGCGCUGGCACUAUAAUCCCGCACUAGAUGAAAUAAUGCGCCCCCACUUUGGCGACGAUAUGCCGCCCCUGGACAAGCUGGCCAAACGCACCCUCAUUUCGCUGGUCAACUCCCAUCCGGCUAUUGAUUAUGCGGAGGCGUUACCACCCAGCAUCAUUGAGGUGGGUGGCAUGCAAAUCAGAAAAGCAAACCCCCUGUCCCCGGAACUGGAAACGUUUGUGCGAGAGGGAAGGCAAGGUGCGGUGCUCUUCUCCCUGGGCACCAACAUGCAGCCCAGAGAUGUAGACAAGCAGACUGUUCGCAUCAUAGUGGAAGCGUUUCGGCAAUUACCCGAAUACAAUUUCCUAUGGAAAUUCGAUGCUGAGUAUUUAAGGGAGAUACGGAUGCCUAAAAAUGUGCUGGUUAGCAAUUUUCUGCCACAGCGUGAUAUUUUGGCACACGAUGCACUGCGCGCUUUUGUGUCGCACUGCGGUGGCUUGAGUUCCCAAGAAGCCACUUGGCAUGGCGUACCCCUGGUCGGAAUCCCUCUCUUUCUCGAUCAGCAUCGCAAUCUGCGUCAAUCCCUAAAUGCAGACGUGGCUGUCCAAGUCGACUACCUAAGCAUGACUACCCAAGAUCUGAUAUAUGCUAUUAAAGAGGCGACUGAGAACGAACAAAUCGCUGCUGCAAUGCAGGCCAGAUCUGCACGGUUUCGGGAUAACCCCAUAACGCCCUUGAAGCUAGCUGUCUGGUGGGUGGAGUAUUUGUUGCGUCAGCCAGAGCCGCAUCAUUUGCAGUCGCCGGCCAAGGACAUGAACUAUUUCGAAGCACACUCCUUGGAUGUCUUAGCCCUGCUUCUGUUCAUUAUUUGGCGGAUCUACGAAAAAUUUCGUUGAACUCAAUGCCAACUAGUUCAAUACGUGAUAAAAGUUUAACUCAAAAAUUACCUCAAGAGAAUUUUCAAAACAAAUCAUUGGGCAUUCGUAAUGGUGCGAGUCCUAAAAAAAACGCAUCACCAAUUCCCUGAUUCGACAUUACGCAGUCAAAUAAAUAAAUAAAGAAUGUAUUUAGAAAACAAA